GACUGCUAACUGGUUAUGACUGACUUUUGUCGAUUUCUUGUCUUUCAGAUCACACACCACAAACAAUAUCCUCCAGAUGUCAGCAAAAUCUACUCGUACUUUGAAUGCCGACGCAAGAAGGGCUCCCAGUUCAAUGAAGUGGUGUUCUUUGGGCUUCAGUAUCUGAUGAAGAAGUACCUGACAGGCCAAGUUGUCACUGAGGAAAAGAUUCAGCAAGCCAAACUCUUCUACCAGAUGCAUUUCAAGCAGGCUGUGUUUGAUGAAGAAAGCUGGAGAAAAGUCCUCGAGAAACAUGAUGGCCGUCUUCCUAUCCGGAUAAAAGCGGUCCCUGAGGGAAGGAUCAUACCGAGAGGCAACGUGCUCUUCACUGUGGAAAACACAGAUCCUAACUUCUACUGGCUCACCAACUACAUUGAGACCAUGCUGCUCCAGAUGUGGUAUCCCAUCACAGUAGCUACCAUAUCCAGGGAGUUUAAGAAGAUCCUGGCCAAGCACCUGAAGGCCACCUCAGGGAGCCUGGAAGGCCUGGACUUGAAACUGCAUGACUUUGGCUACAGAGGAGUCUCCUCACAGGAGUCCGCAGCAUUAGGUGGAGCAGCUCACCUGGUGAAUUUCUGCAGCACAGACACAGUAGCUGGGCUGUUAAUGGCUCAGAGGUACUAUGGCUGUCCAAUGGCUGGCUUCUCCAUUCCAGCAGCAGAGCACAGUACCAUCAUCUCCUGGGGGAGGAGCAGGGAGAAGGAGGCGUUUGAACAAAUCUUGGACCAGUUCUCCUCAGGGCCAGUGUCAGUGGUCAGUGACAGUUAUGACAUCUUUAACGCCUGUAAACACAUCUGGGGUGACAAGCUGAAGGAGCGAGUCAUGGAGCGCAGCCAGGACUCAUGUCUAGUCAUCCGGCCAGACUCUGGAGACCCUGCAGAGACCCUUAUUGAGGUCAUCAAGAUAUUGGAAGAGUGUUUUGGCUGUUCCCUGAACUCUGUGGGAUAUAAGGUGCUGCCAUCUUAUUUGCGAAUCAUUCAAGGAGAUGGCAUUGACCUCAGCUCAGUGGAAGAGAUUCUUGAGAAGCUGACUGACGAAGGCUGGAGUGCUGAGAAUGUGUUCUUUGGUUGUGGCAGCGCUUUGCUUCAGAAACUCAACAGAGAUACACUCAGCUGUGCCUUCAAGUGCAGCUACGUCGAGACGAAUGGCAAGGGGAUGGACGUGUACAAGCAGCCAGUAACCGACCCAUCCAAGAUGUCAAAGAGGGGUCGAUUAUCACUGAGGAGAAACUCUAAUGGCUUCUUAGAGACCAUAGAGAGAGGGGCAGGCAAGCCUGAGGAGGACCUGCUGGUGACUGUCUUUGAGAACGGCAGCCUGGUGAAGGACUACUCCCUGGAGGAGAUCAGGAAGAAUGCUCGGCUGAGGGACGAGGAGGUGAACCCCACCCUGCACAACCCUGAGCAGGAGCUGCUGCGCAAUAACAUUAUCAAUGGCAUUCAUUAGAUUAACUACAAAGCCUCUCAGAUUGCAUAUACUUUAACAGGCGCACUGGAAUGUAGACUGUGGUGUGUUCAAAAGACACCCAUCCAAGUAUAAACUAAACAUUUUGAAUGGGAGCGAAAAGCUAUUUAUUAAAGCAGUCACCACAAGCUUUAUCACCCACACAUUAUUUUCAGGAAAGUCUUUUUUUUUCUUUUUUUUUUCACUUUCUCUUCUGGCCAUAUUCUCAGCCAGAAUACAGUGCACUGUGUGGCCAGACAGAUAAUUACACUGCUCUCCCAUGAUCACAACCAGAACUGGAGCUCAGGGUCAAAAAUGAUAAGUUGAGUGGAAAGUUAAAAAGAUUAAGGUACACCUCCUGAAUCUGGGGAUGCUACUGAAUACUUGAACACAGAUUGAUGUACAUCUUAAAACACAUUUCUCACAGUUGAUAUGCAGUAGCUGAGAAUUUUUUAGACAUAUCAUUUCCUAACUUCUGAACAGAAUGAGCUUCAAUUAGAUAACUGUUUCAUUGUGUUCAUAUUAGAGGAGAAAAGCCAGCUUUUGAACCAAAAUACACUAACAAAUAGUCUAACAUUAUUAUCAUUAUUGAUUAUUUAAAUAGUACCACAUAUCAGGUAUGAGUUGCACAGUUGAUAUAAAAUAUUUAAUUAAAGUUUUGUGUCAAACUCAUAUCAGUAGAACAAUGUACUUCCCCAGCCCUACUUUAUGCCAUUUAGUUUGGUUUGUGUUCAGAAAAAAUUAAAUAGUCACAGUAUGUAAAUGAAGACAUCACAACACUGAUCAUUAGCAACAAACAAAAGUAGCAGAGUGUGCAUCAUUGUCACAGUUAGCAAACUCAGUCAAUGAAGCCACCUGUUUCUGAUUCAUAAUUUCUGAUGCCACUCUAUGGAAACCCAGUGUUCACUAAUGUUAUGAAAUAUGACAGUGUUGUCGUCAACAGUCACUGUUCCUCAACGUUUUAGCCAACCAUACAGUAGCUCCAGCUAACAGGUGCUAACUGGCUAAAUAGAGUAGUAGUUGUCAAGUUUGCUUGCAUAAGAUACAGGAUGCAUGUAAUUGGCUAAAAGAUGAAGGUGGUGCCAACACCGCUGUCAUGAAUCCAAGCAUUAUUAAACCAAAAGUAAGAUACAGUGAAAAUGUCAUUGGGAAAUAACCUGAUGUGCUGGAUCAUGCUUUACACGGACAUUCUGCUCCACUCUCUCACAUCGUAAUAAAUAACAGUAAGUAAAAUUCAACAUUUGUCAUGGAUUGUAAUGAGAAUGGAUGCCUGUAGGCUGUGCCAAAAAAGUUGGGACAGGGGCAAGUUUACCACUGUGUUCCAUCACCUUUUCUUUUAACAUACAAUAUUAAGCAUUUGGGAGUGGGGGGCACUAAUUGCUCAGUUCAAGACUGCAGGCAGGCCAGUCAAGUACCUGCACUCUUUUACUAUGAAGCCACACUGUAACAUGAGCAGAGUGUGGCUUGGCAUUGUCUUGCUGGAAUAAGCAAGGACAUCCCUAAAAAAAAGACGAUGGGAUGGCAGCUUAUGUUGCACCAAACCUUGCAUUUACCUGUCAGCAUUAAAGGUGCCUUCACUGAUGUGACAGUGAUCUAUGCCAGCAAUAACUGUGUUUCAAAUCAAAAGAAAACCAUCAACUCAAACUGAAUCACUAUGUUAAGAUAAUUUUAUUUCAGUGCUCACUUUUAAACAAAAAAUAGGUAUUUUGGUGUCCUUUGCUGUUUUAUACAAUAUUGAUUUUUGAGGUUGUCAUUUGGUUUGUGCAGAGAAACUGUAGAGGAUGGACUACACAUUUAACUGCCUUACUUGAUUUAAUGUAGGCCUGUUACUGUGCAUUGCUAAAAUGAAACAGUAUGUUGUAAUAUGUAUUAGAUGUCAGAUAUGAUUUGUUUUAAGGGGAAUCACCUCUGCGUGACAUCCCUAAAUGGAAUAUUAAAAGUAGACACGGGUAGACAGAAGGUCAGGUAAAACAUUCUUGAAAGACAGGUUUGAUUGGCAGAUGAACUAUGGAUUAUAGGAAAUAUUAACUCUAAUAGCCUUUUUAAUGUCCACUGCAUUCCACCAGUUAGUUUUGAUGGGCUUCUGUCAUAAAAGUCACAUUCCAUCAACCUGCCUUGUCUACAUUAGAUUUUAUAUUAUUAUAUUUUAUCUCCCCAGAAUGCCUUUCAAGAACUCUAUACAAGUGGCAUAACUACUUAAUGCACAAUUAAUGUAGCUACUUUAACAGCAACAAGCCAGUUGUGUCAGUCACAAUGAAUGCAAGUGAGCUACAGAGGUACUGACAAACACCAGCUAGUUAUUUUUAAGGGGUUUAACUUUUAGCUUCGAGUUUACCUUCUGAGAAUACACUUGAAAACCUUGCUGUAUUUGUAUGUAUUCACAAAUUACUCCAAAGACACUGCUGCUUUCUUUGGCUGUUUAGGGCCAAUUCAUUUUAGGUGUUUGUCCUUCUUACUCUCUUUUCAUACCCUUUCAUUUUCUGUUCACAUUGGUCUUUCAGCUAUUGAUCAACAAAUUCCACAACCAUUUACUUUCAGACUACAGACCAGAGCCUAAUAGUGUUUCAUUUUCUUGCUGAUGUUUGGUCUGUACGGAUUAGUGAUGAAACAGCUUGCCACCAACACUGCAUAUCACAUGAUUUACUUCUUGUGUAGCACCAGCACUAAUUAUAUAUGUCAUAAUAUUUUGUAAAUAUUCUUGUGUAAAUGAUUUGCCUCUAACUGAUCUGUAUCCUUUCAACAUUUGAUUUUGUUUCCAAAACUGACCUUUUGUAAGAUAAAAAAAGAAAAAAACCUUCA